AUGCUGCGCGGCGGCCGCGAGGCGGUGGCUGCCGAGACGGCAGAGCGGCCGCGCGCAGCUCGGACGGCCGAUGGCGAGGGCCUGCAGGGCAGCAGGGACUGCCCGCUCGCGCUGGAGAGCGCCUCGCAGGAUGGCGAGGAGAAGGUGGUCUACGUCGGCCAUGGGCCGCGCCGCUGGCGGCUGGGCCCGACCGAUUUGGGGUGCCCAUGCCCCGUGGAGCCAGGUCGGGCCGCCGCAGACGCGGUCGCCCUGUGCGCUGGAUGGCUGGGCAGGCUGCCCGCGCUGAUCGACGCGCUGGAGGAUCUGCGCGGCGAACGACUGCUAUGCCGCUGCGGGCCGACGGAGCCGCGCCGCGCCGACAUGCUGCUGGCCGCGCUGGCCGAGCAGGGGACUGGGGGAUGGUGCCCAUUCUCCGAGGAGCAGCGCGUGGUCGCCGGGCUCGCGGCCGCCUGCCAUCACAAUGGAGCUGAUCUUCGCGUCGACACGAAGUCAGAGGUUCUCGGCAAUAUAUUUCCCAGGCAAGAAGUGGACACUGGCAUCUGGUCGUGGAGGACUGCGAGACAAUCGGUGUAG